GGGAGAAAGGGAGGGCAUGUGGGCAACAAUGAAGCCAAUGCUGUGAGGGAAGAGGAUGAUGGGGCAACCCACCCCAUCCCUGCACAUCCAAUGCUGGCGCUGACGAGGUUUGUAACCAUCAUCGGGUUGUAACCCGCACCCUCCCUGCUAGCAAGGAAGACACGACUUUUGAGGAGCCUCAAAGCUGGGAAGCCAAUGCUGCAGAGGAUGGGCCAACCCAUACCCUCCCUGCAAGCAACGAAGACAUGACUCCUGAGGGCCCUUUUAGCCUGGAACCCAAUGCUGCAAACGAUGGGGUAAUCCAACCCUCCCCCGCCAAUGGGAAAGACACGAUUCUAGAGGAGGCCCAAAGCUGGGAAGCCGAUGCUGAGAUCGACGGAGUAACCCGCCUCUCCCCUGCAAGGGCGGAAGACAUGGCUCUGGAAGGGCCUCGGAGCCUAGAAGCCAAUGCUGCAAAUGAUGGGGGAACCCAUCCCCGCCCUCCAGGCGAGGGGAACUUGAAACUUGAGGAGUCUCUUAGCCUGCAACCCAAUGCUCUGAGUGGUGGGGCAACCCGUCCCCUCCCAGCAAGGGACGAAGACAUGACCCUAGAGGCCAAUGCUCUAAUCUUGGAAGCCAAUGCUGUGAGUGACCGAGUAACCCAUACCCUCCCUGCUCGGCAGGGAGACAUGACCCUGGAGGACCCUCAAGGCUUGGAAGCCAGUGCUGUGAGUGGUGGACUAACCCAUCGCUUCCCUUCCAGCGGGGGGGAGGUGAAACUUGAGGAGCCUCUUAGCCAGCAACCCAAUACUCGUGGUGCACUGACCCGUCCCCUCCCUGCAAGGGACGAAGAGAUGACUCUUGAGGCCAACCCUCUAAUCUUGGAAACCGGUGCUGUGAGUGGCGGAGUAACCCAUAUCCCUCCUGCACAGGAGGAGGAACACACGACCCUUGAGGAGGCUCGGUUCCAGGAAGCCAAUGCUGUGAGUGACGGAGUAGCCCAUACCCUCCCUGCAUGGCAGAAAGACAUGACUCUGCAGGAUGCUCAUAGCUUGGAAGCCCAUGCUGUGAGCGGUGGACUAGCCCAUCCUCUGCCUCCCAGCGAGCGAAACAUGAAAGUUGAGGAGCCUCUUACCCUGCAACCCACUGCUCUAAGUGCCGCGGCAGCAACUGCUGCGACUGGCGAGUUACUCCAGCCUCGAGGGAUGAGCAGCAUGGGAGGAGCAAGUGAUGGGGUCGUCCAUCCCCUUGCGUGUAUCGAGGGCUGCGUGGCAGCCAAUGCUGCGAAUGGCGAGUUACCCCAGCCUCGAGGAUCAGCAACAUGGGAGCUGAUUUUGCAAACAAAGGGAUGGUCCAUCCCCCCCUCCCUUCAUGGGUGGGCAGCGAGGGAAAGCCGGUGCUUCUGCUUCAAGAGGAGGGCGGUGUGGCUGGAGGAGGGAGAAGGGAAGCGGGAAACUCCGGGGGAAAUGGGGGAAAUGGGAGGAGGUGCAUCCCUUGUUGGGAACAAGGGUACUGCAAGUGGGUGUGGGGCUGUUAGGGGGGAGCUGUUUGCAAAGCGUGGAGGAGAAGAGAUGUCCCAGAGGAGAGAGGGUCCGAGGAAGAGAAGGCGUGCUGGAGUUGAGGGGGGGGCAGCUGGUUUGAGGAAGAAUCACCUGAAAGGGCACCUGAGGCAGCAGAAGAAUUACCUGGGCGCAAGUGUGAAGCAUCUCGUGGGGAACAGAAGCGGCCGAUGCAAGCUGAAACAACACCUGAAGGAAACAGAGAAGGAGCACCUGAGGCGGAAGGCAAUGCUCCUGAAGGAGGAAGAGGCUCACCUGAAGUGGCACGAGGAGCACCUGAAACAACAAAAAGAGCACCUGAGACAGCAGGGGGAUUACCUGAAGCAACAGCUAAAGCUGAUGGAACUACAGCUGAAGCAGCAGGAGGAGCACCUGAAGCAACAGAGCGAGUAUUUGGUCAAGCAGGAAAACCACCUGAGGCUGCAGAAGCGGCACUUUAAGUUUCAGGUGCAACACGCGCGGUUUUGAAGGAUCCCGCUGAAUCGUCCUUCCGCUGAUGAGUGAGGAGGAUUCUGCGGGAAUUGGACGUUUCCUGAGAAAACGGGAAAAAAGGGCCUGACGGAAACAGAAGAAAGACACCUGGAGGCAGUGGAGGAAAAGCUGAGGUGGAAGGAGCUGCUUUUGACGCAGGAGGAGAUGUGCCUGGGGAAGCAGGGGUGAUACCUGAAACAUCAGAAGGAGCACCUGAAGAAGCAGGCAGAGCUUCACAAAGAGCAUGAAAACCACCCGAGCAGUAAAGAGGUGAUGGUAGAUGGGGGGGGGGGGGGGGUGGGUUUAGGAUGCCUGGCUGAUGUGAUAUCGGAUGGUGGGAGGAAACAAUGCGACGAUGCCAUUCUGCACAGGAAUUCGCAGUAUGUCCAUGUGGAUUUUGGACUUAGAUGAUGAAUGUUGGCAUGUACAUGCAAGCUUAUACUUACUGGUAUAUGGUGGGUUAUUGUAAA